AUGUCAGAAGAAGCACUAACAGUGACAGUUUCCUACGGCUCUACAAAACACAACAUUUCAAUAUCAGGCAGUGAUGGCAAUGCUCCCACUGUCAAGGAUCUGUCUGAUGCUCUCACACAAGCUACAGGUGUUCCUCAGCCCUCCCAGAAAAUCAUCUUUAAAGGGAAAUCAUUAAAAGAGAUGGAGGAGAGUCUGUCAAGUUAUGGAGUGAAAACUGGAUGUAAACUUAUGAUGAUUGGAAAAAGGAACAGUCCAGAAGAAGAAGCAGAACUCAAGAAGUUGAAGGAUAUUGAAAAAUCUGUUGAUCAAACUGCAAAAAAACUGGAAAAAGUGGAUGGAGAACUCACUGGGCUUAAGAAUGGUUUUUUGGCCAAAGACCUUCAAGCAGAGGCUUUGAACAAACUGGACCAUAGAGUGAAAGCUGCAGCGGAACAAUUUAUGAAGAUAUUAGAACAGAUAGAUGCCAUGACAUUACCGGAACAUUUUAAUGACUGCAAAAUAAAAAAGAAAGGGCUUGUGAAAACAGUCCAGAAUUUCCUGGCUCAGUGUGACAGAAUUGAAGCAUGCAUAUCAGACCACGUAACAAAGAUCCAGUCUAAAAAUCUGGCCUUGGCCGAAUAA